CUGCCGGACCCGGAAGUAGGGGUUGCCUGUGGCCGCCCCGGGAACGCGAGCUGAAGCGGUGGCCGCUGUAGGGCUGAGGGAGUCGGCGUUGGUAGUGGUGUGGGCUGCUGAAACACCACUUUCCAGGACUCCUUUUUUUGCCUUUUCCCUGAACCGGAGCCAGGUGUAAGAUAAGAUGAAGACCGUGCUCAUGGUUGCAGAAAAGCCGUCCCUGGCCCAGUCCAUCGCCAAAAUCCUCUCUCGAGGAAACAUGUCCUCACACAAAGGGCUGAAUGGGACGUGCUCGGUGCACGAGUACACAGGGACCUUCGCAGGCCAGUCAGUCCGCUUCAAGAUGACGUCUGUCUGCGGUCAUGUGAUGACCCUGGAUUUCCUGGGCAAGUACAACAAAUGGGACAAAGUGGACCCCGCAGAGCUGUUCAGUCAAGCCCCCACGGAGAAGAAGGAAGCCAACCCCAAGCUGAACAUGGUGAAGUUCCUGCAGGUGGAGGGCAAAGGCUGCGACUACGUUGUGCUGUGGCUGGACUGUGACAAGGAAGGGGAGAACAUCUGCUUCGAGGUCCUGGAUGCCGUGCUGCCCGUCAUGAAUCCCGCCCAUGGGGGUGACAAGACAGUGUUCCGGGCCAAAUUCAGCUCCAUCACGGACACGGACAUCUGCAAUGCCAUGGCCCACCUGGGCGAGCCUGACCACAACGAGGCGCUCUCAGUGGAUGCCCGGCAGGAGCUGGACCUGCGCAUCGGCUGUGCCUUCACCAGGUUUCAGACUAAGUACUUUCAGGGGAAAUACGGCGAUUUAGACAGCUCUCUCAUCUCCUUCGGGCCAUGUCAAACCCCUACCCUGGGGUUCUGCGUGGAGCGACACGACAGAAUCCAGUCCUUCAAACCAGAGACCUACUGGGUGCUGCAGGCCAAGGUUAAUGCUGAUAAAGACAGAUCUCUCCUUUUGGACUGGGACCGAGUGCGGGUGUUUGAUCGGGAGAUCGCGCAGAUGUUUUUAAACAUGACCAAGCUGGAGAAGGAAGCCCAGGUCGAAGCCACAAGCAAGAAAGAGAAGGCAAAGCAGAGGCCACUGGCCCUGAACACUGUGGAGAUGCUGCGCGUGGCCAGCUCUUCCCUGGGCAUGGGGCCACAGCACGCCAUGCAGACCGCUGAGCGGCUCUACACCCAAGGCUACAUCAGCUACCCACGAACCGAGACCACCCACUACCCCGAGAACUUUGACCUGAAGGGCCCUCUCCGGCAGCAGGCCAACCAUCCCUACUGGGCCGACACGGUGAAGCGGUUAUUAGCAGAAGGUAUCAACCGCCCACGGAAAGGUCACGAUGCUGGUGACCAUCCCCCCAUCACCCCUAUGAGGUCUGCCACAGAGGCUGAAUUAGGGGGUGAGGCGUGGCGGCUCUAUGAGUACAUCACCAGGCACUUCAUUGCCACGGUUAGUUACGACUGCAAGUACCUCCAGAACACCAUUUCCUUCAGGAUCGGGCCCGAGCACUUCACCUGCACAGUGAAGACUGUCAUCUCACCAGGUUUUACAGAGAUCAUGCCCUGGCAGAGCGUGCCCCUGGAGGAGAGCCUGCCCCCCUGCCAGCGGGGCGACACCUUCCCUGUGGCCGAGGUGAAGUUGCUGGAGAAGCAGACAAGCCCACCCGACUACCUGACGGAGGCUGAGCUCAUCACCCUCAUGGAGAAGCAUGGCAUCGGGACAGACGCCAGCAUCCCUGUGCACAUCAACAACAUCUGCCAGCGUAACUAUGUGGUCGUGGAGAGUGGGCGUCGGCUCAAGCCCACCAACCUUGGCAUUGUCCUGGUGCACGGCUACUAUAAGAUCGAUGCAGAGCUGGUGCUCCCCACCAUCCGAAGUGCCGUGGAGAAGCAGCUGAACCUGAUCGCCCAGGGCAAGGCUGACUACCGCCAGGUCCUCGGCCACACCCUGGACGUCUUCAAGAGGAAGUUUCACUACUUCGUUGACUCCAUUGCAGGCAUGGAUGAGUUGAUGGAAGUGUCCUUUUCACCUCUGGCAGCCACAGGCAAGCCCCUGUCCCGCUGCGGGAAGUGCCACCGGUUCAUGAAGUACAUCCAGGCCAAGCCAAGUCGCCUGCACUGCUCCCACUGUGACGAGACCUACACCCUGCCCCAGAAUGGCACCAUCAAGCUCUACAAAGAGCUCCGGUGCCCGCUGGACGACUUCGAGCUGGUUCUGUGGUCAUCAGGCUCUCGAGGCAAAAGUUACCCACUGUGCCCCUAUUGCUACAACCACCCGCCCUUCCGGGACAUGAAGAAAGGCAUGGGCUGCAAUGAGUGCACGCACCCCACCUGCCAGCACUCGCUGAGCAUGCUGGGCAUCGGCCAGUGCGUGGAGUGCGAGAGUGGUGUGCUGGUGCUGGACCCCACCUCGGGCCCCAAGUGGAAGGUGGCCUGCAACAAGUGCAACGUGGUGGCGCACUGCUUUGAGAACGCCCACCGCGUGCGGGUGUCCUCCGAGACCUGCAGCUCCUGCGAGGCCGCCCUGCUCGACGUGGACUUCAACAAGGCCAAGUCCCCUCUCCUGGGCGACGAGACGCAGCACGUGGGCUGUGUCUUCUGCGACCCUGUCUUCCAGGAGCUGGUGGAGCUGAGGCACGCGGCCUCCUGCCACCCCAUGCACCGAGGUGGGCCGGGGAGGAGGCAGGGCCGAGGGCGGGGCCGGGGCCGGCGGCCCGCUGGGAAGCCCAGUGCCAGGCGACCAAAGGACAAGAUGUCAGCCCUGGCUGCCUACUUCGUAUGAUGGCCUGUCAUUCCUCACUCAGGCUCCAGACAGUUGUCCUUUGGGCCACAGAUCAUUAAAAUGCAUUUCGUCUUCUCCGAA